CCGGCAUCGACACUCCAGACAUGUAUUGGUGAAAAGUGCUGGGCGCGUUCACAAUCCUUGCACUGUGGCAAAGUGAUGAAUGCAGUUGACUUUAUUCUUGGGUUACUCCGCCCACUGGUCGCACGCGAUCGUGGCGCCACUCACAAGACGAUUGGGCCCGAGAAAGAAGGAGGCAGAUGAAGAUGGAGGCGCUGGCGUACUUGGCGCGCUCGGAUAGCUCCGACUCUGACGAUGACUUUGCCUCGAGCGAUGGACGCCCCACGCCUCUAGACCCCGAAUACUGGCGUGGGAUCACACACUCACGAGAGGUGACGCCGGCGCACAGUUCUACCUACAGACAUUCGAGCAGGAUGGAGACACCGCCCUCACACCACUAUGAACACCACCACUACGCACCUGCGACGUACCCCAUGUACCAUCAGUACUCGCACCAACGCCCGGUGAUGUCCCCUAGCGCGAUGAUGCACAACCACGGAAUCUACAGCGGUAAUGGAGCUUCCAUGUCGCCGAUCAACUACCAGGCUGGGCCUCCAAUGGUCCCUAUCAGCCCAGUCGCGCACAUAAACGCAAUCCACGAAGGGGGCUACAUGCCACACUCUGGUGGGGCGAUGUUACACACUGGAGGAGGCAUGGUGCAUCGCCCAACAGAGUGGAAUAACACACAACCUCGCUAUCCGGCUACCGUAUCCCCCGUCUCGACACCGCAGCAACUGAAACUUCAAGUUCGGGAGGCACUAGUGAGAGCGCAGGCGUACCUGGACUUAGUUCCGUUUUUCCAGUCGUACGACUUGUCAUUUGCAGGUGGUAUUCGCCUGGGAACAAUUCAGCAAGCUCUGGGCAGAAUGGGUGUGAUACUCAGAGAUCAUGUGCUCCAGAGUAUCGGUCAGCUCUUCAGUAUUCCAGGGUCUGGUCUUGUGGACUACGUGGCAUUUGGUCGGUUUCUCGAACUCGACGCGCAGGAGUUGGACAAUAUGCGAUCGAUCGUGGCGGCUCGGCGGAGUGUCUUAGUGAACAGCAACAUCGAUCUCAGGGAUAUUUUUGCGCAGUAUGACUCGCACCACACUGGAUUUUUGCCCCGAUCGACAUUCGCAACGCUACUGCACGACUACAGCAUCAUCAUACCGGAAAUUACACUACAUUUCUUGAUGAUACACCUUGCAAAGCCGUCGGAUACGACGUCUGUUUCGUACGUGCGCUUUCUCGAAAUGACGGACGUAGGAGUUGCAAGGAGUGCAUCGGCGAAUCCACCUCACAGCCGCACGAUGGAAAACUCCCCACCUCGCCUCAAUAGCUGGUCAGGUGGACGAUCGGAUCCAUUUGCACAUGAAAGCCCCGCUCCAGGUUAUGAGGUGCAGGCUGCAGUACCUGCCGCCAGAGUCGUGGAUCAUGCCUCCGCUAGCCCAGACUUCGCAACACCUCUACCCAGGCUCGGUUGGGUCUGCCGAGUGUGUUCCCACCAGCAGAUCGCGGAUUGGGCGACUCACUGUGAAAUUUGUGAAACAUCUAAGCCGCGUCUUGGACUUCAUGGAGAAGGGUACAUCAAAUGCUUGCGAUGCAAAUUUGAUAACAACUACGAUAUGGACGAGUGCGAGAUGUGCGGACGGCCGCUGAAUGCAAGCAACAAGAAGGUGUCGAAGUCGGACAAGAAGCGCAGGGCGAAAAAGCGCUACGUAUCAAGCUCUUCGUCCAGCUCUUCGUCAUCAUCCCCGUCUUCUUCUUCUUCUAGUUCAUCAGGUCGUCGCCGAACCAGAAGACGCAAGUCGGGCAAGCGUUCUCGCACAUCUCGAUCCAGUCGAAAGAAAGAGGAGAAGAAACCGCGAUUCCAGCGAGGAGAGGAGAUUCAGGCCAUUCCACUAGGAGAAAGGGGCUAUGAGAUCGGUGUGAUCGCUCGCGUCCGGCCGAAUGGGACCUACGAUAUCGAGUUUGACAACGGACUAUACGAGAAAAACGUCGAGGAAACUUGCAUCAUUGAAAUCUCACGAGCUCGUAUCAUCAAGGCCAGAGAUGCGUCUGACGAAGAAGAGACCAAGAAAACGUCGAAAGCUAAAGGCUCCGAUGAAGAGCGCGAUCCCGGUUACGAACCUGGUGAUCGAGUGGAGGCUCGGUUUCAAGGACGUGAAAGAUUUUUUGCUGGUACAAUCAAGAAGUGCCGUACUGGCGGGUUGUAUGACAUCGAUUAUGAUGACGGCGAAGUUGAGUUACGAGUUCGUCCCAAGUACAUUAAGCGAGAGGAGGCCAAGAAGCAACAGAAGCCUCCCCCGAAGGAAGACGUUAUUUCUGCUUCCGAGGUUUCGUGGGCAAAGGGACAGAAAGUGGAAGCCAAACUGCGUGGAUACGCGGAUUACGUGAAGUGCGUCGUGUUUCGUGUGCAUGAAGAUGGGAGCUGCGACGUGGAAACAGAAAGCGGUGAGCUGCAAAAGCGCGUACCGGGCCGAGAUCUACGCACGCGUGCUAGUUCGCCAGUCAAGAAGCCUGUUCUCGCAAGCGACGACGAACCGAUCCGUCCAAAGAGACCUCUGGUUAAAAGACCAAGUGCUCCUACGACAAGCGACGACUCCUCUGCGCAACCGAAGGGGGGAUUCAAGCAAGGACAAGCAGUUGAAGCUAAGCGCAAAGGGAAACCUGGCUACCAUCCCGGUGUGGUCGCUCGUUGCCGAUUGAAUGGCUCAUACGACAUUGACUUUGAUGACGGUGAGAAAGAAUUAGCUGUACCUGCAUUUCUUGCACGUCCACUCCAAUCAGCAGCUCCAGCCAAGAAAACAAGUACAACAAAUACAAGAGCACACACUACUCCUCCGUUUAAAGUUGGCCAACCAAUUGAGGCUCAGUACAAGGGUAAGAGCAAAUUCUACCCGGGCGUGAUCUCGCGCUGCCGUCUGAACGGCACGUACGACAUCGACUACGAUGACGGCGAGAAGGAAACGGGCGUGGCGGCCGAGCUGAUCCGUUUGCUGGGCAAGAAGGGCGGUGGCGACACGGACGACGACCUGAAGCCGAAGAAGUUCCGGGAGGGCGACAAGGUGGAGGCUCAGUACAAGGGUAAGAGCAAAUUCUACCCGGGCGUGAUCUCGCGCUGCCGUCUGAACGGCACCAAAUUCUACCCGGGCGUGAUCUCGCGCUGCCGUCUGAACGGCACGUACGACAUCGACUACGAUGACGGCGAGAAGGAAACGGGCGUGGCGGCCGAGCUGAUCCGUUUGCUGGGCAAGAAGGGCGGUGGCGACACGGACGACGACUCGAAGCAGAAUUUUUACGUUGUGUCGGUAAAGCACGAAUCCAAAGCUGAAUCGAAGGGUGCUCAUGUUGAACCUGGUCAGACCUUCCGAGUCGGUACUCGUGUCGAGGCUCGUUAUAUGGGUAAAGACAAGUACUUCAAGGGAACAAUCUCACGUGUCAAUUCGGACGGAACUUAUGUGAUCGAGUACGACGACGGUGACAAAGAAAACAGAGUACCUGUCUCGUCGAUUCGGCCCUUAAAAUCACUGUCUUCUUUCCGUGGAGACGACUUUGCCUUGGGGAAACCAGUUCGACCAAGCCCCAGUGGAAGCUUCAGUAGGAGGCGUAGCGGGAACAUGUCCGACUAAGUGACAGCGCCACUAAAUAUCCUUUAACCAUGCUGUGACGCAGAGUACAUUCGUUCAAGUCGACGCAACGCUCGUGAUAGUUAUUGUUUGCAUUACAGGAGUAUUUGGAUCUCAUAAUCGAUUCCCUCCUUACUCUAUUCGAGGUGACAGCACUUUCACCGUAAUAGACAUCUCCCCUGAACAAUCGUUAUGAG